CAGCAUGAUGGGUUAUACAUGCUUGUAUUUCAUUGAGUCUCUCCUUUGGUCUGUUUGGCUCAGUUAAAUGGGCGGAGUCUAGCAAACCUGAGUCAGCGAGAUGCUCUGAGGAUCCUGGCAGCCAGUCAGCGUCCAAUCACACUGCAGAUAAAGGGUCAGAGAGGGCGUGCCAGUGACGGAGACAGGGGUGCGUGGGAGACUCUCCCCCUCAACCUGCAGCACCUUAACCUGCCCCUCCCGCCAAUGGGGGCAGGGCUAAAUGCAUCCAGCCCCUCCUACCAGGAAAGACAUUUUUACAGCCACCUGUCUCUGCCACAAGAUCACUGUGAUGCAGGACGGUACAGUUACCUGUCCAGCUCACCACAUGACACUGUGGACAUGGUUCAUCAGGAUCCAGAGCUGACUGGUCGAGGGGCACUGAAGGGACAGAACUGCCUGAUGGGAUGCUGCAAUACAAAUUUGGAAGAACCAAAUGGCUUCCACAGCCAGACUGACGAUGAGGACUUCAUGCUUGAGAAGCCGAUGGGGUUCCUGCCCCUCCAUCAUGAGCUGGAUAGUGGCCUGGGCUGGACAGAUGGCUCCCUUCACCAGGGAGACCUCUCAGGACUGGAAACUGAAGAAGGAGGCCUGGAGGACUGCCAUUCUCAUGGGGCCCUUGCACCAGGGGGUUGUGGGGGUUUCGGAGGGGGCUCUCCAUCCUCGGAGUCUUUUAUCUCCUCUGAGCUCAGCGACUCAGGCUUUUACAGCGUGAGCACCGGGGAGUUCAGACACUUCCAGAGGCUGCUGGAGAAGCGAAUGCGGCUGUACAAUGCCAGACUGCAACAUCAGGGUGAACCCUGUGAGAGGCGGGAGAGGCGGGACAGCUGCCCCAAGAGCCACCGUGAGCUGCUGGAGGCUAUCCCUGAGGCGCUCACCAUGCAGCCUCAGUGCCAGCGCCUGCAACUCGGGAUGGAGGAGGCUGCUGAGCCCGUCAUGGACCUCCCACCCCGAGGACUCUUCAGGGUUUCAUCGGUCCAGUUCCAUAAAGCUGAUCGUCCCUGUCUUAACCGUCAUAGCUCCAGCAGUGGAGCCCUCUUCAACCCCUCUCAUGCUGCAGUUUCACGAAUGGCCGCACCAGUCCUCUCCACCUGCAGCACUCCCUCUAGCCACCGGAGACCAAUGGUACCCAUGCAGCCACACCACGAGGCCUCCAGUUCAAUGGGGAUGCUACGGAGAAGCCGAACACUUCACCAUCGACCUCCUCCUCAGGAGUAUCGUCGCCGGGCCAGCCAUCCAGCUUCCCCGUCCUACUGUGCAGCCACCAUGCACCAGUGUGGAGGUGUAGCGCCUUGCAAUGUCCUGCCGCUUGGUCUGCCAGAGGAAGGUGAGCUAGUGGCAGGUAUGAUGACAUCCCACCCUGCUGGCUUGGCUGUCUCUCCCCAACAACACCCCACUGCUCUAGGGCAUGCCAUGGGUGCCAUCAUCCAUGAGAGAUGCUAUGACAGCCAGCAAAACAGCCAGGUUGCUCACCAUGAUUUCUGGCACUCACAAGAAAGACGCCUGAUCCCUGAACCAUUGGUAACAGAAAGGGACAGAGAGAUCGAACGAGAACUGGAACAAAAAAGGCAAAUGCAGAAGGAGAAAGAGCUUGAGAGGGAGAGAGAUGCUCAGAUUCAGGAGGAGAUGGAUAGAGAAAGGCAGCAGGAGCUGGGGAGAUGCAGAGCAAGAGAGCAGCAACACCUCCAGAGUUUGGUCCAUCCUCCUCAGGCUGGAGAUGUCAAUGACACCUGGCCUAAACCUGCCACUCGUCAGACCCAGGGUGUUGGGGGAGGCAGAGGUCUCUACAGCACCCUGGAAGGCCACACAGGGGUUAACUGUGCUACUGGGUGGGAUGCAAAGAAGGGACACAUAAACGUAGGCCUAAGCCCCAAUCCCAGCUCUGUUCUGCAGCCAAAAAUUGAGCCAAGCCCCAAACCCAGCGCAACCUCAAGGGUCUCCAGGAGCCAACUUCUGAGAGACCGGGCAUCCCAGCUGGCAGAUGAACGCAGCGGGAUGAGCACAGAUGAGGAGACCAACACUGACAUGCUGAUGGGUCGUUACUGGAGUCGAACGGAAAGGAGGGAACACUUCCUGUUGGCCCGUGAGCAGAAACAGCAGCAGAUGCAGGCUAGAGGAAUUACUAUACGGGAGGCCAGCAGCAGGGGGGGACCCAUCAUGGGAGGGGGAGGAGCCUCUAUGGGAGAUGGAAGUUUGCUGGACAGUAGAGGAGGUGGAGCUUUUACAGAUGGGCGGUGCAACACUGUCCUUGAGAUGAGUCAGAGGAAGCUGAGUCGUCUGAGGAAUAGGAAGCUGCUGGAUGACUGGACAACAGUAGAGGAGCUCCUGACUCAUGGGACAAGGCUGGACAACCAUGAGGACAUAAUGUGUCCCAGCUCCCUGCUCACAGUCACCACUGUCUAACUGCAUGGACACACUUUUAUCAGUAACUCUGUGCGUGAGUGUGUGUGUGUGUGGUGUGAAGCUAACCAUGCAUUUUUAGUAAAUCUUCCGGUCCUUUCUUCUCAAGAGUCACAUGGGAAGACAGAUCUGAGCUUAAUCUUUGUGUGUCAGGUACAGAAAUGGUUAAGUGGAAAAAAAUAUCCUCUUAAAUUGCAUAUUUUUAGACAUUUCAAUAUCCACCAUCCUCAACAAUUCUGUACUUGAUGCACAAAGACAAAACUGACACCCUGCUUUUCAUAUGACUCUAGGAAAGACAGAGGGCAUGAUGAUCUAUGAAAAUGUUUGACUGUUCCUUUAAUGAAUGUGCGUAAGAGAGAAAACCUCACUGUUAUCACCUCAACUGAUAGCUUUAUGUGUGGGUGUGUCACCACUGUACAGCACUCCAGACAAAAUGUGUGUCAGUGCAUGACGCUUCUAAUGACAAACAACCAAACAAGGUCAGAUGAGCGCGUAUGUUUGCAUCAUGUGUUUCAUGCUACAUCAUACGCUACAAUUAUUACACAAAGAAGUCUUUAACAAAAUUACAAACGUUUGAGCUUGGACUCCAACACUAAAAUAGACCCUGAGAUUUCAGGGAGCAAUAUCGUUCUGCGUGACGUACUUGGAUGUGCACUAAUGAUAGACAACUACUUUUACAUCAGGGCCACAGAACACAUCAACUGUAGCGAUGCAGACAAUGAUAACUUAGAUUUGAUACCAAAUCCUGAACGGUUUUUAUAGAAACUCUGUUUACAAUUCAAGUACUGAUUUGUGGGAGCGCUGGUGAGGGAAAUGUGCCACGGAGGUCUGCAGAGGAUUUAAAUCAUAACAUAAAUAUAUGUGUCACCUAGAAGGACGGUACGCUACAUUCACGUCAUAUCAUUCACUGGACUUGUUUGCAGCUCAGGAAAUGAUGCCCAUGAAUUUAAUUGAAACUUGUUUUCUGAGAUUUUUCAAACCUUUAGACUCUCAAACUACUCAGAAUUAAAAUUUCUGUUUAAACAUCUUUUAAAAUAGUGGCUUCAUAACAUCCUUUGUCACCACCACUUGCAGUUACGAAUUUAAAAACACUACUGCUGCAAUAACUCAGAUUAGUAAAACAGGAGAUUUACAUUCCAACAAAAUGGAUGUGAACCAAAACACUCAUCAGUAAGUUUAUCAUAUCAGCUGGAAAUUAUAACUGAAUGCUUAUUUUAGCUCUUAUGAACAUGCACAGCAAUUUAGGAUGAAGACUGAGCUUUCUUUGCAGCAAUUGCAAGUCAGGGAUGCACAAUAUUGGAUUUUGCCGACAUCUGAUAUGCCGAUAUCUUCAAACUUCUAUGGCCGAUACAAAUACCGUUAUGUUCAGUCUAUUUGUUUUAGACACAGAUGUAAAACAAAACAAACAUUUGAUUCUACGUUAAAUAUCUAUUAUUUUCAUUAUAGGCUACAUUUCUUAGUCCUGUUUAUUGACUGAAGUAAAGGCUGCUGACAGAAACUUGUACGAUUGGGCUUUCUGUUUCCAGCACUUAAUAAAUAAAACAAAUAUUUCCAUACAGCUGACAUUUUAAGCUCAUUGUUGGCACGCCUAAGCUGUCAUGGCAUGCACAUACUUAAUGCCUGUACUUAUCAGAGGUAUCUUUAAUAUUGCCUAUACUUAUAAUAUACUUUUUUAACUUUAACCAGCUUACAUCAAUAUAAUGGCAAUUCUUUUGUGCAUCCCUAUUAAAAAUGUCUAGUUUGGGCCACUUCAUCCUGGUUACAAUAUUACUUAUCCAAACUAGCUAUUUUAUUUAUAAAUAACUACUCCUUUAUUUUCAUGUACUUCCCACUCUUUACAGCUGUUUAAUGAGAUCAGAGUGGAUGAUAGCAGCAACGUGAUUCAGUGGGCUAGCCCACGGCUCCCUGCAGCCAACCAGUCAAAUUGCAGAACAUCAACAUUGCUGAGGGGCAGUGCAGCUGCAGCAGCUGGUUGUCUGAAAGCACCAUAAUGUGAACACUUUCAUAACAGGAUUUUUUUUUUCACUCUUACUGUUCUGCUGACAUGGCGUGAAUGCAGCGUACCAUUAUUGGCCCCUCAUGGUUCAUGGCUUCCUGUUCCUGCAUCUGUCUGUACUUUUGGCAGGAUGUUUACAGAUCUACCUACCCAGGUAUCAGCUUAUGCAUGUUUAUUGAAACCUACAGUGAUGCAUUGACUGUGUGGAGAUCAUUUUGAAUAAAAGAAGCUACACCUCAAGUCAGCUUAGUGUUGUCCAGACAGCUGCAGCAUCUGUAAGGUUGGACAGAGAGAGCUCAAAUCAGUGAUGUUGACAUUCCACUUAAAGCAGAUACAGUGUGAGUACAUCUGAAAUCUGCUAAUUACAGUUCUGCAGUUUGGGAAAAUGUGCAAUAAUACCUCAAACUAGUUUUAAUAUGAUAAUGGCAGAGUUCUGUGCACUACCUGUCAUGUUUCCGUCGAAUGCAGUAACUGGUUUUAAAUCACAGAUGCACAAGAGUGACGAGUCGCUAGAAGUGCACGUCAUCCUAGAAUCCAAAAUGGAAAGAACAAAGGUCAUGUAGAUAUUUCCAUCAUUUCUUUCCAUUGUUUUCCAUUUGAGGGACCUAAGAGAUCAACUUUUUGCACAUCAUUUUUUAUACAAAAAGUUUCCCUACCUUUCUGUACCAGGGACUGAGGCCAGUUGAACGACUGUAGAUAGAGCGAUAGUGUGUAUCGAUGUUUUCUUUAUAAACUAUCAGUGAUUUACGGAGGAAAAAAAUCAAUUUAUUGUCAUUGUGUUGGACAUAUUUCAAUAUUUUUCUUGUGAUGGUUAUAAAACUAAUGUGAAAAGUUUUUAUGAUCUUUAGAACCUUUAAUCUAGUUAAUUUAUUUAGAAGUUGGUGAAACUUUAAUUUUCCAUUUUUUUUAAAAGAGUGAACACAAAAUGUGAAUAUUAUUGUCUCUUUAAAUGGCUAAAUUGAACUUUACUGUUGUUUUGUGUCAUUAUGACAUGUACAUAUUGAUUUUGUCAGAAGGUGCAGACGAGGUUGGACUUGCGACAGUAUCAGGACAUGCUGAUGCCAUCAGACGCCUCCAGUGGUUUAUCAUGUGGUUCUGUAGGUUUAUAGCUGUUUUAUGGAGGCUGUAUAUACAGCACAGAGAUUUACAUUUGUAGUAUUAGUAUGUUUAACACUCACAAUAUUGUUGAAAUUCAUGGAAAGUGGCUCAGUUUGUUCUGAAUGUUAAAUGUGGGAUCCAUGAAUUAUUGGUUGGAUCACUGACACGCUAAUGCUUUAAGAAACACUAAGGUAUCCUGAACAAUCAUGUUGUUCUGUGCCUUCUUCAGAGUCAUGUUUCAUAUAUCAUUUUAUCUCUGUGUGUCCAGAUCUGAGAUGCUUCCAGGGUGUUUACAAUGCCAUUCGUACUGUGAGCUAGUUCUAUGCUCAAAAGUACAAUGUCAACAUUAUCCUGCAAAGUUUAUGAUUUUAAUGGAGCAUGUUAGCAUUCGUACAUUUACUUUAUUGAAUUUUUAAACACUAAGAAUCAUGGGAAUGUGUUUAGUUCUCCUGGGAAUGGUGAUAAAGCAAACUAUCAACAAUAUUGAAAUAUUUAUGUAAACAUUGUAGUGCUAGAUGGGAUUCAGCUUUCCUGAUUGCACUAUGUCUAAGUUAAACUUACAAGAAAGCAAUCCAACAGUUGUCAAAAAUAUCCCCAAAAAUAUAAAAACAUCUCAAAUUCAAAGUUUAAGAGGUGGCAUUACGCUUUUUCAUAUUUGACCAACGAAUAUUAAGUUUAAAUAUUGGAUGUCGAUACUGAACCGGGGCAAAGUUUCAAAUUCUGAGGUACCACAGGCUGCUCUGAGUGAUUUCAAAAAGUCACGCAAGGAUUACACAAGACAGACAAGUUUUGCCGAAAUCGUGCGUCAAGGAUCGGUGAAUCUUCCAAAAAAAGCACAAUGCGAAACACCAACCCUUUUGAAACUUUCUGUAAGAUUUGAGGUCCAUAUUUAAUCAUGUGUUUUUUAAAUUGAGGAACACGGUUGAACUCAGAGAUGGCAACAGUGGGGGAAGCUUCCAGAGAUUGCUGAAAUGAAGCAUUUUGGACAGAGAAAAAUAAGGGUUUUCAAAGGGUUUACAUGUUACAGAUCAGUCACCAGUCCAAUAUGACUCAUGAAGCGACCGAAGCACAAUAAAGAGAAAGCUGAUUGAUACGCUUUCUCCCUUAUAAAAAUAAGUUUAAGGAAGGACUUUUUUAAAUGAGAGACAUUUUAAUUAGUCAAAGUUGGAAAAGCAGAGUUUAAAUAAUUUAAUUUCAAAUGGUGACAUUAUUUUUGAUUGCUGAUUCCUGACAUGCUGGCUAGCUUUUUAGUCUUUAUGGUCAGUGUGGCACUUUGCUUUUACCACGAUGUCAACUCAAAGUGACUGCUAUGAAAAAAGCAUAUAAAAAGCUGAAGUAAAAUCAGACUCAAACUGGUUGAAGUGCAAUCUCUGUGCAAUCCAUCAGCUAUCAUCUGGUAGACAAAGAAGGAGAAAGCCUUGGCCCUCAUAUUUAUCUUACAGAUUUAUAUAAGAUGCAUUGGAAGUCCUGAAAUAUUUUCUAAAGUGGAGCAUAGAGGCGAGACGUGUCAGAUGAUUGAUGGGUACAAAGAUUUCAGAAAUUCUUGGCCUGAAAAAGAUGUCUUUCUUUCACAUUUUUAGAAUAAAAAGUGGGAGCAGUGGAGUUGGCAGGACUAUGUGCUGUUUUGUUUGUGCUGGACACGCAGAGAUAACACUGAUAUCCAUCUUUUGAACUGACUCUGAAGAAGAUAGAGCAUAAGAUGAUUCACGUAAAAGUCUGUUGAAAACACUUGGAAUGAGAAGUGAAAUCAAACCUCCACCCUGUGUGUUUUCACUUUUUUUUUCCUUCUCUCGACUGUGACUCAAACGGUCUGAAUAAUGGAUGACGGAGAAAGAGUUUUUUUUUUCCUUCUCACCCGCCUCCCCCUACUUCACUCUCUUUGCUUACGUUACACAAGGACACAGAGAGCUGAAAAUAGUGCUGCUGUCCUCAUAUGAUGUGAAAUUAAAAGCACACUGGAGCGGAGACACUUGCUGCUGGGGGAACUCUACACUACUUAUAGUCCAUCUGACAAUCCCUCCAUCCAGUCUGCAACACCACCUCCAUCUGUCUGUGCAAGGGUACUUUUCACAACAGCAAGCUUUUUGGAAUAUGAUGAUGUAUAUGUGAUUGUAAUAAAGAGAUUUUAAUUAGCUAUG